AUGGAUGGAAACCAAAAGAAAAUGAACAACAAGAGCAAACUAGUAUUGAGAAUGCCUUUGAUAUACUGCAGGAACACACAGAAGAGAAUGGGGCUGGGGUUCCAGUCCAAAGUCCAGGAAUGGAUAAGAAAAGAGGAGGGGGAGUACCUCCUCUCCAAAAUGGAUAGAAUCCUAGCUUGGAAUGUCCGGGGGGCCAACAACCAACAAAAACAAAACUUAAUCAAGCAAUUGAUUCGUUCUCAAAGUGUUGGUCUUGUUGGGCUCCUCGAGACAAGAGUAAAGGCUGCCAAGCUUGGAGCCUUGUACUUGAAUGUUUUUAAUGGUUGGUGUUUUACGAGUAAUAUUGCAUGGCAUAAAGGUGGGCGAAUGAUCAUUGCUUGGAAUCCAAAUACUUUCAGCAUCAACAUACUCAAAUGCACAAGUCAAUUAAUCCAUCUCCAAGUCUCCAAUUCUGAUGGUAAGAUUUUCCUUGUAACAUUUGUUUAUGCUUUUAAUGAUGAGGAAGAGGAAAGAGUUGGGGAUCGGGUUAAAGAUAAACAAUCUCAUCUGUUCAAAGACUGUGUUAAUUAUUGUCAGCUUGAAGAUAUUAGAAGCAGUGGAAAGUUUUUCACUUGGUGUAAUAAGCAACAAGGGAGGGACCGAAUAUACUCAAAGAUAGAUAGGAUUUUGGCCAAUUCAAAAUGGUCUGAUUUGUUUCCUGGUGCAGAAGCAAUUUUUAUGAACGAAGGGAUGUUUGAUCACUCACCAACCCUCCUCACUUUUCACCAGUUAUCACAGAUGGGGAAGAAGCCUUUCAGAUAUUUCAGGAUGUGGAGUUCACAUCCUGAUUAUGCACAACAGGUGAAUCGUGUUUGGAAGCAGGUUGUUCAUGGUACUCUGAUGUAUCAAAUAGUUGCCAAGCUCAAAGCUCUAAAACCUGUGCUAAAACAAAUCAACCGAGAAGGUUUUUCUGACCUACAGGCAGCAUCAAUUCAAGCACAGGAAGUACUUAAUGAGUGCCAAAAUAAACUCACUGUGGAGCCACUAAACCAGCAAGUACAAAUUGCAGAAGCAGAAGCUAGAAAUAAAUUCAUUCAAGCUCACAAAAAGUACCAAUCUUUCCUACAUCAAAAAGCUAAAAUCAAUUGGGUCAAGGAGGGUGAUGAUAACACAGCAAUCUUUCACGCGAGUAUCAAAGCCUGA